UGCCCCAUCGUUGGUGUCAGUGGGGGGAAGAAUAGUGCCCCAUCGUUGGUGUCAGUGGGGGGAGGAAUAGUGCCCCAUCGUUGGUGUCAGUGGGGGAGGAAUACUGCCCCAUCGUUGGUGUCAGUGGGGGGAGGAAUUACUGCCCCAUCGUUGGUGUCAGUGGGGGGAGGAAUUACUGCCCCAUCGUUGGUGUCAGUGGGGGGAGGAAUA